CUCAUUGCGUUGUUUUUAUCAUUUUAUUUCUUAGAAAGUCAACGGUCGCGUUGGUUGUUCAUCAUGUGUUCACUAUAAAUAAUGAGUUAAGCCUUGCCCUUGAAUGUUGCAAUGCUGGAAAAUCCCAAUCCAAGUCAUUAUAUCAAAAUAGUUAGUCAUAUGAAAUUAAGAUAAACUUCAAGUUUCUGCACAUUUUUCUGCAAUUUUGUUCUACUUUAUCUUGCUAUCGGACUAAAAAUUAUUAGUAGAAGUGGUAAAUGGAAUGCAGCUUUUGCGGUAUAUAAAGCCUUUGAACCGUAAUCAAAAAGUAUCAAAUCUGAAUUAUUCAAUUGAUUUGAAUCUUUGGAUAAAAAAAAAUAAAGCCCUUUUAAAAUAAAAUGAAAGUUUGUUUCGUAGUUCUUCUGCUUGCUGUAUUGGCGUGUACCUUAGCAGCUCCAGGCCACCGUGGUAAGAGCCACAGUUUGAGUCAUCAUCAUACAACCGUUCAACCACGUAGUCAUUCAACGCAUCAUAUUAGCCCAUCGCUAGCAGCAAAAUUCAUAACACUUCUGCUGCGAUCAAAGGAAGUCUCUGUGCCACAGUUAGAAAGUGAUGAACAAGCUAAGGAACUUGACACCGACGAUAAAGGGAAUCACGAACUCGCUGAUCUAGAAUCAAGCACACUUCUUAGCGAUGGUACUCCAAGUUUUGAUCGCAAAUCGAUUAUAUUGAAGAAGAUUGAAAAUGCAUUGAAAAUGCUCAAGAACAAAAAGGAUGACGGUGAUGAUGACGGUGAUGAUGACGGAGACGAUGAUGGCGACGAUGACGGAGACGAUGAUGGAGACGAUGAUGGAGACGACGACGGAGACGAGGAUGGUGACGAUGAUGAUGAUGACGACGAUGACGACGGAGAUGAUCUCGAAGACUGGUGUAAUUACUUUGAAAUCUGUACUGAAGAGGAGCUGUGUGAGUUUUUAGGAAUCUGUGAAAAUGUUUAAAUUUGGUUGAAAAAAAGGACUCAAAAUGAAUACCUACCAGAAAUGAACGCCACAAAAAACCAUUUAUUUGACACUUGAAAAUAAAUUAACCACCAUAUAUAGCAAAAGUCAUCAGAAAUUUAAAAAAAAUUGGAGUACGCACAAUUUAUUUGUAAUGCAUCUUAUUCUCAAAAAUUAGAAGACAAGCACAUUCGAGCUGGAAUCAUCCUAGAUUAUUCAAGCCUUGAUUUUGUUUGACGGACACUAAAUAAUGUAAUUUAAAUUUGAAUUCCAAUAAAAAUAGAUCAAUU